GCCCGAGUGCGCGUGUCUUUGGCGCGGGCUUCCACGGUCUCGGCGGCCAGCGAUCGGCUUUGAGGAGCAGGAACUGCGGACAGCAAAAGAGGCGUGAUCAGGGGUUCUUAUUGGUGUGGGCCACACCCUCUCAUUUGUCACCAGACCCCGCCUUCAGCAGUCAGGGACUCCAGCCUCACCCUGAAUUCAUUCAUUCUGCGACUAGUGAGUGCGUGGGACGAGAGGGUGAAUCAGACCCUCCCUGACCUCGGGGAGUUCAGGGCACGGUGGGGAAAUAUGGAUCUAGCCUCCAGCCAUGACAGCCUAGGGCUGUCAAGAAGCCAUCAAGACCCUGGGACCCCUUUACACAACGGGAAGGCUCCCCAGAGAAAGUGAGGCCUAAACUGGGCCCUGAAAAAAUGGUUAAGAGGUUGCUCCGGGGACACAUUGGCAAAAGAAUUCUUGGCAGAAGAACCUGAGCCGUGAAAGAAACAGGUGAAUUCUGGUAAUUACGUGGAGAGGUCAACAGUCUGGGAAGUUGGCACGACAGAACUGGAUGUGACCCUCAGGAGAGAAUGGUGCUGGACUCGGGGACACAGGUGUAUGAGCAGGCACCCCCCAGCCCACCUGCCGGUUCCCCAUCUCAGCACCAUAAGCUGAAACCCUCAAACGGAAAUGGGCCACCUCUGUACCCCUGGCCUGAAUCCCUGGGGAUGCCCUUGGCUCUGGCAGUUCCUUCAGCACUCCAGCAGCAGACUAUGUGGCAGACGUUCCCAAAGCUGCAAUCGGAACAGCGCAGCCACAUGCGUCGCAGUGAGAGCACCUACAGUGUAAAUAGUACUGGCCGGCGGGGGCGUGGUAAAGCCCCGACUGGACGGGGGUGUGAUCCAGGAGGGACUCUACGGCCUGCAGCCUCCUUACCUCACAUUGCUAAGAUUCGAAAGGACGUAGGCAGCAACAGCAAGAGCCCCUGCAUGUUGGUGGCCCUGCGGCCAACCAACAUGGACCAGGAACGGGAAAAGUUCUUCCAGUCUCAUUAUACCUACAAUCCACAGUUUGAGUAUCAGGAACCGAUGCCAAUGAGUGUGCUGGAGAAGUACCAGGAGGCCUCUGCGCAGUUCAUAAAUCAGGCAGUUGGCAUCAUUGAGGCUGUCCUGGAGAAGUUUGGCACUUAUGAAAACUUCGAGGCUGCCACAGGGGGCCAGCUGCUGACUAAGUGCCAAAUUUGGUCCACCGUGCGCAAAUACAUGCAGAAGGAGGGCUGUGUUGGGGAGAUUGUGGUGCAGCUGAGUGAAGAUCUACUGUCCCAGGCUGUGAUGAUGGUGGAGAACAGCCGACCCACUCUGGCCAUCAACUUGACUGGAGCCCGCCAGUACUGGUUGGAGGGCAUGCUGCGACAUGAGAUAGGCACCCACUACCUGCGUGGUGUGAAUAAUUCGCGGCAACCGUGGCACAGCACCGAAGGCAGACUGCAGUACGGCCUUCAGCCAGCCAACCCCACUGAGGAGGGCCUGGCCAGCCUGCAUAGUGUGCUGUUUCGCAAGCAACCAUUCCUCUGGCGCGCCGCCCUGCUCUACUACACCAUCCACCAGGCGGCGCACAUGUCCUUCCGCCAGCUCUUCCAGGAUCUGGCGCAAUACGUGCAGGACGAGGGUGUACGCUGGGAGUACUGCGUCCGUGCCAAGCGAGGACAGACGGAUACCUCCCAGCCAGGUUGCUUCAGCAAGGACCAGGUGUACCUGGAUGGCAUUUUGCGCAUCCUACGGCACCGGCACACCAUCGAUUUCCAGCUGCUGACCUCGCUGGGCAAGGUCUCCUAUGAAGAUGUGGAACAACUGCGGCCCCAUGGGGUGCUAGACAAUACCAGAGUGCCCCACUUCAUGAAGGACUUGGAACGUUACCGGCAGCAGCUGGAAUUCAUCAUGACCACCAACCGGCUGGACGAAGCGGAACUGGGCCGCCUGCUGCCUGACUGAUGUUGACUAAGGGUUAUAGACAGAAGCUCUUGACAGAGGUCACAGAUCAGAAUAUGAAGUUCUUUAUGGUUCCAUCGCCUAAGUGUUUCUUGGGGGCAUUUGGGAGGCCAGGAGCAUCGUGGGAAGAUGAGAAGCAACGGUAGAAGGUUUUUGUCCUUGCUAGCCUUCCUGGGGCGUGUGAACCGCGGCAGCAUGUCACAUCAACUCCUGAGCAGGGGAGAUGGGGGGAUGAGAUGGGAGCCGAGGGUAAAUAGAAAUGUGGGUUGGUUCGGGAAUAGAAACUUGUUCCUGCAUGAGAUGGCUUUGGGUGUCUGGUACCACUCUUUCCCUUCCCCCUACCUGGCCUAUGGGUGCUCCUUCUGCAUUCACACCAUCUACCUCUUACUGGGGCCAGCAGGAGUUGGGACCCCCUCUGAGGUGACUUGCCUGAGCAUGGGGUUCCGGCUGUCACUCAGGCUCAAAGACCCAGCUGGGCUGGGCUUUGCCUUUUAGCAUUCUGUCUGUCUCAGUGGCCAUGCAUUGUCCCAUAGUCGCCCUCCAUGGGGUUAUUUCAUGCCUCCAGGUGGGGCCAGGAAACAGCAACUCUUAGUAUUUCCAUGCAGGGGCAGGAUACUUUGGAAAGGAACCGUUUGUUCCUAGACCCCUUCCUUCCUCCCUCCCU